UCAAAAGGAGGGCAUUUUAGGAGCUUGUUGAAAAAGCAAGAUUUGAUGGCAAUAUGCCGAUAUUCCUUGUUCCUGAGUAACCCCCACAUUCUCUUCCUCCCAAAACACCCCCAUAAACCCAUAAAAUUUACCCAAUUGCCACAGCGUCUAGUUGCAACCGGCGCGUCGGCGAUGGAAGCUCCUCCGGCUGGGUACAGAAGAAACGUGGGCAUCUGCCUCAUGAAUUCCUCCAAGAAGAUUUUUUCAGCGUCAAGGCUUGAUAUUCCAGACGCCUGGCAGAUGCCUCAGGGUGGUGUCGAUGAAGGUGAAGAUCCAAGAGCUGCAGCUAUUCGGGAAUUGAAAGAAGAAACAGGUGUUACAUCAGCAGAAAUUCUUAUGGAGGCCCCACACUGGUUGACCUAUGAUUUCCCGCCACAUGUCAGGGAAAAGCUUAAUCGUCAAUGGGGUUCUGACUGGAAAGGUCAAGCACAAAAGUGGUUCUUGUUUAAGUUCACCGGAAAAGAUGAAGAAAUUAAUCUCUUGGGUGAUGGCACCGAGAAACCCGAAUUUGGAGAGUGGUCUUGGAUGUCACCGGAACAAGUGGUUGAUCGCGCUGUGGAUUUCAAGAAACCUGUUUACAAAGAAGUUAUGGAUGUUUUCUCUCCUCGUCUUCAGUAAAAAACUUGUUGAUCUUGCAUGUCGGCUCGAUAAGGCACCAAGCUUCCGCCUUUUUGUUAAAAGCAGCAGAAAUAAAUUCAGUUUGUGCAUUUUGGAUACUGGGAUUGUUUUAACCAGUUCCAUGUAUGUUCCGAUAACAUAUACAGCCACUGCUUUUAUGAGGCAAAUAUUAAGGGGGGUGUUUGGUUCAGUGGACUCUUAAUCUCUUAUGAAGAUAUAUUGUUUCUGUUUAGUUACA